AUGAAGACUCUGACACUGAGAAAUGGAGUGGAAAUGCCGGUUUUAGGACUUGGCACCUUACAGGUAAUUGCUCUUACGCAACAUUUUUUAUGAGCCAUAUCAAAAACAUUGUGCGAAAGCAGGAAGUGCACCGUGCGUUGGCGACGAAUUCCAUGGAUUGCGACCCUAAAUGGGGUAAAGCGAUCCCGCACGGCAACCCAGGGAGUCUCCCUCCUCGUUUCGGCACUUCGCACACCCAGUAUCGGUCAAAUUCACACGAAAUGUCACAACAGAAUUUUUCGUGUGGUUUUUCGAUGGAAAAAUAUUUUUCUCGAAAUUAUUUUGUCAGUUGUGACACUUCGUUUGGACGAAACUCAAAAGUGGUCGGGAGACGUUUUUGUUCUAUUUCGGUUUGUCGUGCCCCGUGGUGAAAAUUUUUAGAUUUUUUUCGGGAAAAACUUGGUGCUGAUUUCGGGAAUCGUGUUCAUUUUUUCUGAACUUUUCAAGCUCGCGACCUAGGUCGUGACCUAGGUCAAGGUGUUUGCCCAAAAAAACCCCGGAAAUGGACUCAAUGCUUGAUUAAGAUGGUCAAAAAUCCCAAAAAAUAUCAAGCUCACCGAGAAAAAAAGACAAAAUUAUUAUCAAUACAUCAUUUUUAGUCGAGUUCCGAAGAAUGCAUCAACGCGAUUCAUGCUGCGUUGGACGCCGGCAACACCCUAAUUGAUACAGUGUCCAUUUCCAAAAAUGAAGAAGAUAUCGGGAAAGCCUUGGAAUCGUAUUUUGAAACUGGAAAGUUGAGCCGGAAAGAUGUGUUUAUCACUACGAGAGUGAGUUUGGACAAGAAAAUUGUAUUAUAAGUUUGUCGGAAAAAUAAUGUGGAUAUGUCGCAAAAAAUGCCUGCCUCGUCGCAAUAGCGCACCAAGUUUACAGCGGCGGCUAGAAAGUGAUUUUGAGCAAUUCAAAGGCGAAUCCACAUUAUUUCCCCGACAGACGAAUAUUUUCGAAACCUCGCCGUUUGGUAGCUGUAUAUUUCCCAUAUUUUAGGUGUGGAGCGACUACAACCCUCCCGAAGACGUCGAGAAAACGUUAAGAGAGAAGUUGAAGGCGUUGCGAACGGACUACGUUGACUUGUAUCUGAUUCAUCAGCCGCCAGAGUUUAUGGUAAGUGGAUGAUGUUACUCUAUGUGCACCGGAUCGUUGAAUAUCUCGUGUGAAAAAGAGAUGGCCAAAAUGUUUUUUUCUCCUCUGACCGCUCUCCGCCUUUUGCGCAUUCUCUAGACCACAAAGGUCUUGGAAUAUCUCGGCUGUGCGUGCAAAGUGCGAGCCAAAAUUUCUAAGGCUUGACACUUGGCGAGCGUUUGUUGUAUAGAAGUUUGCUGUACAGAGAUGCACUGUAUUUUUCUUCUAAAUUAUUUAUCUUCCCGAUUCCAGGAAGAGAAUAACGAGAUGACAACCCGCCUCAACAACACCUGGAAGGCCAUGGAAGAGGUCUACAAAAAAGGUUUGGCCAAGUCCAUUGGGGGCUCGAAUUUCUCUGUAUCUCUAUUUGAGAGUAUUAUGCCGAUCUGUGA